GGUAGGUAGGAAUUUUACAUAAAAUAAUAAAGUAUUUAGGCAUUACAAUACAAAAUAUAUGUAAUACUAAGUACCUAUACUAAAUACAAUAGGAAAUUAUUAUAUUACUUGAGGACAUUUUUUUCUCCGUUUGGUAUUCGUUUGAGUUUUUUCUUUUUUAAUAUUUUAGCUGCACGCCGAACAAGUGUUUCAGAAUCCAGAACUUCUUUAACUUUUCCAUAACUGCCUUCACCCAAUAAGUCACCCAUUACAUAUUUACCGACAAUCUUACAUGGUUUUUUUUGAGCCCGAUAUACAACUUCAUCAGGAUCAAAUGAAUUGAAAAGACCUGUUUGCAUACAAUCAUUUGCUGACCAAUCAGCAGGUACGUUUAACAUCAAAUCUUUAAAUACAUCUUCAUCGUCUUCUGCAGUACUUGGAAUAACAUCCCCAUCAUAUUCUCUGUGGUCCAUCAUGAUUACACCAUUUUCUUUAAGUACCGAGCUUUAUCUUAUUGAAAUGUUUUACUUGUUUAAAUAUAACCGAAAAAAUUGAGAUAAAUUCCACUAUAAUAUUAUAUUAAGAUUACCAAUCACCAAAAUAUAUAUAUUUAAAUAACAUACUAAUUUUAAAACUAUUAUUAUAGUGAUACCUGCAUAGAAAACCUAUGUACUUUAAAUAUUAAAUGUUGAAACUUCAAAUUGGUUUUAUCACUUUACACUGAUAAAAAAUUUCUAAUGUAUAGUAAACAGUGGAAUUCAUGGACUAUCUUAAACCAUAGUAAAAUCAUAUGGUACUAGUGUAUUUUUCAUACACAGGUAUUUUCAGAGGUCGAUGAAUUCAAAGAAGUUUGAAACCUUAAGUUAUUUCACAUUGAUUAUCUUGAUGACACGGACUGCGAUAAUAUAUUAUCAUAAAGUAUAAACAAUAAUAUCUUAAUUUGUGAUAAAUGCUUUGCACUGACAAAAAAGAUUUUACCAUUUACUAUUGUACAUAGUUAUUGUAGUAUUUUAUUAGAUUCUUACUGUUUUGUUUUAAAAAUUAAAUUAAAUUAAUCAAGUGAUAUUUUUUGUAAAAUAGUAUUAUGAAAUGAGCUGUUAUGAAGUUACUGUAUUACUGUUCAGUUAUAUUUUCAUUUCUUUUUAUAGCAAAUAUCAAGACGUCUCAAAAUGGUAAAUUGAUUGAUUUAGGUUGUCUGCAAUAAAAAAUUGUAUUUAAUUUUACCAUUCAAUGUACAGAUGAUGAACAUGUUGAUUUAUCACUUUCCAAGCAAAAGAAAAAAUCAAAUCAACCUGUUAAUAGUACAACACAUCCUACUAGAACGGUAGGUAUGUUUAAUUUUAAUUAGCCGUUAAACAUAUGAACAGUAGUCAAAUGACUUCUUUGAUUUACAAGGAGAGUUUAAUGAUCCAUUGGAAGCUCUAUUAUACUGCAUUUUAAAUAAGCCUCAAAUAUAAGUAAAAUUAAAAAAUGUUCACCAGAUAUGCACUAUCUAUAUACGUUAAUUGUUCCAUAAACUGUAUUAGGAGUUUAAUCUAUUGGUGUUGUUCAUUAAUGUAAUAAAAACCUCAAACAUUAUACAAAUAAAUAUAAUUAAUAUUCCUAUUACAUUAAUUAUAUUAUCUAUUAUUUUUUAUUAAUUUUACAUUAUAAUUAUAACAAUAAGUAUGGUAUAUACACCACAGUAAUAAGUAUAUUGUUAUGCUUAUAAAUAAAAGACUUUAACCUUCCUGUUCUUCAACCUUGUAGCUAUUCAUAUUUUAAUUAUCAUAUAAUUGAUAAUAUUUACUUAUUUUGGUUUUUUCUUUUAUUUAACUACAAAAGUAAAAUUAGAUAGGUACUAUGUGAUAGAACAAUCAAUACUGCAGUUUACAGUGACGUAUCAUCUAUCAAUGGUGUUCGGAAUAUAAAUCCCCCGAGGAUGAUACACAAGAAUUGCUCAACCAAUUGUUGAUAUUUAUCAUAUUGAAAAUAAUCUAUUUAUUCAAUUUCAAUAAACCUAUAUAUCUGAAGCUGUCUUUUAUAAUAUAUACUAUAUAUUAUUCAUAAAACUCUAAAACUGUUUAAAAUGAAAUUAGUUUGGUGUUCUCUCAAAUUCCAUAAACCAAUCUAUGACAAUAGUGAAUUGAAUAUAGUCAAGAAAUCAUAUCUGCUGUUAUUAUAUCUAUUGUUUGAAAUAUUUCUCUAGCCACUUAAAUCUAUUAUACACAACAAAAAUAUAUCAAAAUAAUUCUUAUUAUUUUAUAUGUCUAUAUCUUAUUAGUACAAAAAUUGUCUAAUAAAUUGUUCGUUAAUUGUAUAUUUUGAUCUGUAAUACUUAAAUUUUAUAAUAGUAUUAGAGAUUUUCUUUCUUAGAUUUAUUCCAGGAUUCUCUAUCAAUAUACUAAAACGAUAAUAUACAAAAUACCAUUUCAACCUAUGCUCACUACAUUGAGGUAUACUUUGCAUAUACUCAUUAAAAAUUGGAAAAAACCUAAUCAGAAUUAAGCUUAUUUAAUAAUAUAAUAUCUAAUCAGUCAUUACUAAUUAUUUUUUCAAAGAUACAUCAUGAAGAUUUAGAAUGUAUAGAUUCGGAUAAGAAACCUUGUUCAAGUUUACCAUAUCCGUGUAUCACUUGUCAUAUGAACGACUCUUGUGUAUAUGGAAAUCAAACAAUAGCUGUAUGCAAAGCAAAUGUAGAAUGUGUGGUAUGCAUUAUGUGAUAUAACAUAUGUUACAAUAUGAGAAUAAAUAAAAUUCUGUUUUAUAGGGAAACAACACGUUUGCUAAAAAUUUGACUUGUCGUUAUUGCUAUCAGAUUGAAUUCUGGGAAUACAAGUGUAUUAAAAAAAUCUGUAAUUCUGCAGCUUCUCCACCAAUACAUUACCGGUUAGUGUUAGUUUUUUAAAUUAUAUUAUUUAUUCAGUAUUUACAUAUUAUUUUUUCAUGUGUUAAAUGUAAAUUAUUACAAUUUUCAAAUCAAUAUUAUAAUUUUAACCCAAUACUGUAUUUGUGUAACAUAAAAUAUGUCUCACAUUUAUUUAUACACAUACAUAGAUAAAUAACUAAAUGUGAGAAAAAUAUAAAUGCAUACAAAAACAAUAUUGAGUUAUAAUAUUGUAUUGAUUCUUAUAAUGUUGUAAAGUAAUUAGUAAUUACUAUUUAAUUUAUUUUAGGACUAAUUGUACAGUAAAUAGAGAUGUUUUAUGUUUGGGAAAAAGAAAAUUUUAUAAAAGAUUACGUUGCAAUUGGACAGGUGGCCAUCGCUGGUCUACUGCUUUAAUUUUAAGUAUUACUCUUGGAGGAUUCGGUAUAGAUAGGUAUGAUAUUAUUAUAGAAAAUUAUAUUAUAAAAUAAAAAAAAUUGUAUGUUUUUAUUAUAGAUUUUAUUUAGGACACUGGCAAGAAGGUAUAGGCAAACUCUUCAGUUUUGGAGGUCUAGGAGUUUGGACACUUAUUGAUGUAUUAUUGAUCUCUAUUAGAUACCUUGGUCCAGCAGAUGGUUCUUUAUAUCUGUAAAGAAAAUUAUAAAUAUUCCUUAUUUAGUUACUUACAUUACAAAAUAUAAUAUUUUAAUAUAAUUCUACAUGUUUUAAUUGAUCAUGUCUUGAUUACUACUUAUAUUCAUAUAAUAAAUAUACAAAUUUGUAUAUACUUAAUUUAAAAAUAAUAUUUUACAAACAAUAUCUUUGUUAUCCAUAAUUAAAAAUAUUUGUAUGCUAAUAUUGGAUAUAGCAAUGUUCUCUUUUAAAAUGUAUCCUCGAAGUAUUGUAGGAGUCACCAC